AUGCCUUCCGUAGGCCCCGAGCUCCCUCCCCAUCUCGCAAAGCGCAAGCGCUCAAUCGACGAUGCUGAAGGACCUAAUUCCCCACCACAUAAAAUGCAAGCAGCCCCACCAGAGAAACGAGUUCUAGCACCUGCAAUGCCACCAGCCGCGAACCCCGACGAGCUCGAUAUCAACGAUAGCUCAGAUGAUGACUGCGGUCCAUCCCUACCUUCCAAAAAGUCUCAAGGACCGACUCUGCCAACUACGCAAGUUAAAAGUCCAGCAUUACCUACAAGAGGACCAGUCGGACCAACUCUCCCCCCAACAACAAAACCAGACGCAGUAGACCUCGAAGAUAUCUCAGAAGAUGGCAUCGGUCCCUCUGUGCCCAUUCCAAAAAGCGCAAAAGCUCCUAGUCCUUUCGUAAAACGACGAAUGCUGGGACCCGCCCGGCCUCCAGGAGCUCUCUCCGAACGACCUCCCCAACCCGCAAACGACGACGAUUCCUCCUCAGACGAUGACUACGGCCCCUCUCUUCCCCCUGCACCCGGCCCAGCAGCCGAAUCUGAGUAUCUCCACGCCCUCCAUCUCGAGAAAGAACAAGAAGCCGCGCGCGCAGCUCUCCCAGUAAAACCAAAAAGAGAUGACUGGAUGCUCGCACCCCCCUCAGACUCAGACUGGACCUCGCGAGUCGACCCCACUAAACUAAAGAACCGCAAGUUUGCCUCUGGGAAAGGCGCAAAAGCUCCCGCCGAAAAGGGCGGCGGGAUUUCAGCCCUCUGGACCGAAACCCCAGAGGAGAAACGGAAACGUUUACAGGACGAGGUCCUAGGACGUACAGAGAUAUCACUUAAUUCAACUUCGAAAGCUUCAAGGACAAGAGUGGAGAGCAAAGAGGAUAUCGAGACGGAACGAAGGAUCAGAGAAUACAAUGCGAAGAACCGGGGCUCCAGUCUCAUGGAAAAGAGACAGAGGGAGGGAGGACAGAAGGAAGAGGAAGAUGAUCCUAGUAAGAGGGGUUUCGAUCGGGAGAAGGAUAUGGCGUUAGGUGGACAAGUAAGUCGUGUCGCGAAGAAGGACAUGUUAGCCAAAGCCGCGGAUUUUGGGAGUAGAUUCCAGAAGGGAAGUUAUUUGUGA